CUUUGACGUUUUCGACAAAGCGCAUAUAAAAACCACAGCGUCAAGUAUCUGAAUAACUUCCCAAUUAAUUAUUUCAUAAGCUACUCGCAAUGUACUUCAUCAGAGGCUCCUUCAGAAAAGCGAGUAACCUUCCAAUUCCACCGCGCGUGGACUGUCGUACAAAUCGGAGCGAUGUGAUUGGCCAGCAGAGCCCAGGAUGACAGAGUUCAUUGGCUAGCGGUCACCUGAAUAAGAGCGCUGAUUGGCGGCAGAGCGAGUACCACACUGUUGGUGCCCAUCGGUGUUUAAUGCCGCUGAUUAUUGGUAAACUAUACGAGUUAGAAGACUGAACAAAUAAAGCACGUCUUAGGCAUCAGUUUACAUCAUUGAAGACGCGAUAGGACAGGAUAACAUGUUCUAUUAUCCCACUGUUUUACAUCGUCACACUGGCUGCUUCGCCACUAUAUGGCUAGCCGCCACCAAGGGGGUCCGAAUCAGUCGGCGGGAGUUCCUCACGGUGAACGUGGGACGCACAUGUGUGGACACGAUGGAUUACAUACUGGUGAAGCCAGGCCGGCCCCGGCCCAGAUUCUCGCUCUACCUCUCCAGCCAGCUGCAGUACGGCAUCAUCGUCAUCUACCACCGGCAGUGUGCCUUCUUCCUGGGUGAGACCCACGCCAAGGGCAUCUGUAGCCAAUGUCUGAUUCUGUUUGGGUGCUCCAGGAUUCACAAACCAUGCAAGCGCAUCAUUGUACCCCCCGGCAUUUCAGAGGAGGUCCACCGGGCCUUGGAACGGCUGCGAGAGUGUCUGCCUGUCAGCGCAAGCGGCCCUGUGGCCACACGUUUGGCGGUGACAGUACUGGUGUCACUCACCCUGCCUCUCUGCUCCACCUCUCACGCUCCCCACAGGUCAGACCUGACGUUCCCCGACCCCCUGUUACUGCUGGAGGAGGCUGAGGGGGCGCUGGACCCAUUCUUUGGAGUAAUGGGUGUAGAACGAACACUGCCCAGCCCAAACCAUCUGGCACAGCUACGGCAGUAUGAAACAUCGAGUAGUACUCUGUGCCCCCCAGUGACAAGUCAUAAAACUACCCCAGAACAAGGAGGAGGAGUGCUUUCCCAUCCCGGCGGUCGAGUUGGAAGGGGAGGAGCUUCCCGAGGUCUCGGCCAAAGAGAUCGAGCUGCUGAUGGAGCAGAAGGAUGCCUUUUUGCAAGAGCAGGGGGGGUUGAGAGGAUGGCAAGACAGGAAGCCACAAGGGAGCCGUCACCAGCCCAGAUCUCCAUGGAGCGAGACAAGGACACGGCGGUGGAGGACAGCAUGUGGAUAACGGAUGAAAUCAUGGGCCUCCCCGUCGAGGUCCAGCUGGGGAGCGUCCCCACAGAGCUGACCCCGCCCCUCACAGAGGCACCCGCAAUGUCCCCACGUGGACACAGGGAGCUGGGGGCGGAGCCUCAGAGAGGGGUGUGUCAGUCCAUAGAGCCGCACAUGAACCCCCCGGGGGACAGACAAGGGCGCCGACGCCAGCUGCUCUUCAUUGACCCGGGGGUGCAAAUAUCCCAUGAUGCAAUGCAGGCACAGAUAGCAGACCCACUGGUGGAGACUGUGUCCAUGUCCCAGGUGCUGGCUGAACAUCCAUCUCAUCACCAGGUCGCCCCCAAGGAGCUUCUUCUCACUCCCUGCACUAUGCAACUUCUCGACGAUGCAGAUGCCUUUUGGAAAAAGCAUGCAGCCCUCGCCAUCUUCCCAGGAGAUGGGUGGGUGCGAAAAGGGGCAGGGCUGGAUAUUGGGGCAGAGACUGAGCUGGUGCUGCAGGAGCCCAUAGAGGAGAUGACAAGGGACGAUUGCAGUGUCCGUGAGGUCCCCAGAGAGUUGCGCGAGUCGGGACUGACUGCCUCUGAAGUAUCAGCACUUACUGAGGUGAGGCUGGAAGAGUCCAGGGGGGAGUGGUCCAGGGGGGAGUGGUCCAGGGGGGAGUGGUCCAGGGGGGAGUGGUCCAGGGAGGAGUGGUCCAGGGAGGAGCGGUCCAGGGAGGAGUGGUCCAGGGAGGAGUGGUCCAGGGAGGAGCGGUCCAGGGAGGAGCGGUCCAGGGGGGAGCGGUCCAGGGAGGAGCGGUCCAGGGAGGAGUGGUCCAGGGAGGAGCGGUCCAGGGAGGAGUGGUCCAGGGGGGAACGGUCCAGGGAGGGCCGAGCCCAUGAGUCUGUCAGUCCCUCAGACAGAUGGUCUGCGAUCUUAGAAACUCCUCCCAAUCUGGAGGGCAUCCCCGAGGAGAUGGUGGAGCUGCCUGAGGCAGAGGCCAAGUGGGGGGAGGUGACUACAGAGAGUGUGCUCAGGAUGGCAGCCCACCACUUUAAUCAUUAUGGACACAUGUUCUUCCACUCUCUGCUGCCCCCAGAGGCCACUCGGAGUACUGCUGCUCACAUCUUCAGCAGACUGCUUGGUGAGAUUGGUGAUUGUGUUUUUUUUCCAGUGGUUGCUCCACAGAUCAGUACAGUGAUUCAAAUGGUUCAUAAGUUAAUCAUUUAACUGUUUGCAGUUUUAAAACACCUUUUUAGUUGUAGUAUUUUAUAAGAUUUUUAUAGAAUAUUUUAACUAGUGAUUUGAAUAUGAACUGUUCAUUCCAGGACAUACUAUACUAAUAUAAGCAGAAUAAAGAAUAUGGUCUAAUAGUCAUUUUAUAUAUUUUCCCUACUGGAAUGCAUGUAUACAUUUUAUUAAUUGUUCCAAAGUGUU